AUGGGUGACGAAGAUGAUUUGGCAUCCCCAUUGCUGGGCAUCGAAAAGGAAAUUGAACGUGCCAUCAAGUUGCACCUGCCAGUGGAAGCAUUCAUCGCUUGCAGCCAAACGAAACGUCCAGACAACACGUUAUUCCCUGACAUUUGCUCGUUUAAUGUCGGCUAUUCGGACUUGGAAACCUAUCUUCCUCUCAUUCUUGGGCUGUUCGAAGUUUCGCCAGAAGGGGAGUUUACUGGACCACACAUUGAGAAUGUUUUCAAGCAUUUAGAUCGCGAAGGCCAGUACAACCUGAGCAAGGCUAGAUUCAAAAAAGAUAGACGGCAAUGGGCAGCCAAUGAAGCUUACAUUUUGACCGCUCUUCUUUCGUUUGGUAGAAGGUAUUGGCGUAAGGCCUUGAAGCGUCGCACACAAACUCCAGUCGCGCAGCAACUCAAAGCGGUGCUCAAGCACAAUCCCCGUAGGGCGCGGGCAUCUUGCAGAAAGAACAAACCAGGUGCUUCGGAUCCAAUCAUGCUGAAUUCCGACAGCGAACCAGAGCGACCGAUCGCGCAGGACCUGUCAGCUGGAUCACUAUCCGCGGCUGCUGCUUCCAACGGUGAGGGCAAGCAGAAGAGUACUGAUUGGACCCUUAGGGAUGCCAUCACCUUUGCAACCUCUUGCCCAACAAAACUUGAUUUGAUCCAGAACAAACCUGACGACAUGACUGACGACCUGUGGGAAGAAAUUACCGUGGUUUUUGACCUAUGCAAGAUUCAUGGGACUGACCAAUACCUCAUCCAUCACAAGAUGAUCGAAUACUUUGAAGGAUGUGGGGAAUGUGUGGUUUCCACCUCCAGCCCACCCCAGAAGAAUGACUCAGUUACUCCAGAGACAACCACCCCAAAGACAGUAGCUGAGACAGAACCAGAUUCUACCGAUUCUACCGUUGAGAAGGGCCUUGAACGUCGAAAGGCGAUCGAGUUUCUAGAGCAACAAGAGUCCCAGUGGGAUGAAGAGAUCCUUAAACGAUACAUGGACCAGACCGGGGAAGAACCAAGUGCCUCCCAAGCUCCCUCCAUGUGUGUUGACACCAUGCAGACUAUCCCGUGGAUUGAUUUGGAACAAGAUGACACAGCUCUUGGUUCCAAGUCUCCCAUGUCUACGCGGACUGAGCACUUGAAUCUGGAACCGAAGAUUUCUGAAUAUGAAGAGGCUGAUCGUGGCUUGCCUGCCCCGUCGCGCCCUUCACGAAGUGAAGUGAUUGCUCGAGCGUCCAUCGCAGAGAUUGACAUGGUGGCAGCGGCCCAUCCAAAAGAGCCACGCCCAGAUCCCUUGGCCAAGAAUUUCAAGUGCCCCAAAGUUGUUGCAGUUGCUGAUGCCACUCUGCCCGAUGCUGACAUGGACGAGGCAUGCAAACUGAUGAAUGAGAUUAGUUUGGAUGUUGCUGAUGCCCAGCCCCCUGUGUAUGCGGAACAGGGCCAGCCCAGGGGUCGAAAACCAGGGAAGGGUAGCAAACUCAAGAAGGUGAAGAAGGCAGCUGGUGGCAAGAAAAAGGGAAAGAAGGGAAGCAAGGCAACGAAGGAUACCAAAAAGGUGAAGAAGUCAGGCAAGACAAAGGUCAAGAAGAGCACACCUGCGUUGGUUGACAAGGACCCCCUGGGAUCACCUGAGGCUUUGGAGCCAACACCCAAGAGAAAGACCCGCCGUUCCAAGAAGCGAGCAUCUGCAGAUGCUUCCGCCGCCACCCCAUCUGGAGAUACAGCCCCUGUUGUUGUGCCAAAGAAGCGUAGGACCAGCAGUAAGCCAGCAGAGUCAAUGCCCGUGGAAUCCCCGCAUGUCCCCACGCCAGCCCGAAGCACGGCAUCCGCACCUGCUGUGGGAGCAUCACCCCCCGAGGUCAAGCCCGCACCCAGGGCUGCAGCACCUUCCCAUGAUGAGGGUGAUGAAAGCAUUCAGAAACCUGCUGAUGGGAUCCCAGCCCCUGCGCAUUGCACUACCAACACAGUUUAUUCCAAUGCCUACCGAAGGGCCAAGGCAUCUACGAAUAGUGCUGAAGAGGCCAAGAAAGCAGGAAAGUUGGCAACGGCCAUCCUCCGCCGCUACAACAUGGUGUCGCCCAGUUUGAGUGGAAUUCCCAAGCCCCGAAAGGCCGUGGAAGCAUCUGAAGUUGCGGGUGAUUCAUCGCCCGCGAAGGUGGAUUGA